CAACAGGAGAGACAAAGUGCCAACUGCAGCUAGCCAACCCCUCCUUGCAUUUUCCCUCUUGGCUCAUAAGUAGAAGGGAAGGUUCAAUUCAUUAUUCGUGCGCGACACCAGCUCCAGCCUUUACGCGGUCAAACUUUCUUCGUCCACCGGGGAAGUCGGUCGCCAUGUCCCUUUCCGCCUUGUGGCAGCAGUUCUUUCCCCCCAGGCCAACAUUUACCGACAAGGAUGUCAAACCCGGCAGCCAAGUAGGAAAAGUCUUUAUCAUCACCGGGGCCCACUCGGGCAUCGGCCUGGCCUUGCUAAAGAUACUCUACCCCACCGGCGCCACUAUCUACCUCGCCGGCCGCUCGCCUGCAAAAAUGGACAAAGCCAUCCGUGAAGUUGCCGCUGCGUCAUCUAACGCCACAACCCCUGCAACGCUCAAGACGCUCUACCUUGACAUCACGGACCUUGCUACGGUGAAGCCCGCCGCCUCCACCUUUACCUCUCGCGAGACCCGGCUCGACGUCUUGUGGAAUAAUGCCGGUGUGGGCUGUCCCGCCGAGAGCGUCACUAAGCAGGGACUUGAAGUUCACGUGGGAGCUAACUGCGUGGCCCCCUUACUCUUCGUACAAGAGCUCCUUCCGGUCCUGCGCGCCACCGCGCGGUCGCCCGAUACGCCCCGGGCUAGCGUCCGUAUUGUCUGGUCCGGCUCCCUACACAUCGAGAUGACCGCUCCUCCAGGAGGGAUCGACUUUACGCGUAUUGACAGCCCGCGUCCCGAGGACGUGAGUCGGCUCGACUAUGCGGCCUCGAAGGCCGGAAAUUGGUUCCUGGCGGCCGAAGGCGCCCGACGAUGGGGGGCGGACGGCAUUAUGAGUGUCUGCCAGAACCCGGGAAAUCUGUACACGAGCUUUUACGAUAACGAGCCGUGGCUGCUUGUGCUAUUUCUCAAAACAUUUAUUCUGUACGAGACGCGGUACGGUGCGUACACCAUGCUGUUCGCGGGCCUGUCGCCACUAGUAGGUGAGGGCGGCAACGGGGCGUACAUCUGGCCCUGGGGUCGGAUCAAACCCGUUGCGCGGCCAGACGUGCUGCGGGAAGGGGCGGAGGAAGGAGGCAAGGCGAAGGCAUUUUGGGAGUGGUGUGAGAGGGCCUGGGAGAAGCACAUCUAGGGUGUUGAAAUGAUCGAAUACUUGACUGCCUUCCGCUGUCUUCGACACUAAUGCCUCUUACAAUAAGCCAUUUUUCGGCACAGCUAACCCCCGAUAGUUCCACUGAUGUUUACAGCCAUUUACCGCAUCGU